CGUGACGUGUUCUCUUUUGAAGCCUGUCCGUCAUCCACAAACGAACAGCGAGCGAUCUACCUGAACACGGGCCUGACCAGCACCAAGAACUACGGGAAGACCAUUCUCACUAAGGAAGCCGACCUGGUGACCACGCACGAGCUGGGUCAUAACUUCGGAGCGGAACACGACCCCGACAACAUCCCGUACUGCGCCCCACGGGAGGCAGGCGGGAAAUACGUCAUGUACCCCAUCGCUGUGAGCGGAGACCACGUCAACAACAAAUUGUUCUCAGACUGCAGCAAACGCUCCAUCGUGAAGCGUCUGAGGUUCAAGUCUCCGACCUGCUUCAAGCAGAGGAACAUCAACGUGUGCGGGAACUCCCGGGUGGAGCAGGGCGAGGAGUGUGACCCAGGGCUGCUGCACAUCAACUCAGACCACUGCUGCACCACCGACUGCAGGCUGAGAGCCGGAGCUCAGUGCAGCGACAGGAACAGUGCGUGCUGUAAGAACUGUAUGUUUGAGUCUGAAGGUGAAGUCUGCCAGGAGCCCAUCGACGCCACCUGUAAAGGACACUCGUACUGCACAGGAAACAGCAGCGAGUGUCCUCCUCCAGAGAACGCUGCAGAUCAAACCGUGUGUCUGGACAGCGGGGAGUGUCUGAACGGAGAGUGCGUCCCGUUCUGUCAGGCCGUCUUAAAGCUGCCGCCCUGCGCCUGCAACGAAACCAACUCGUCGUGUAAAGUCUGCUGUCGGAGCAGCAGCGGCGCCUGCACCCCCUACCAGGACCAAAUGGGUAACUUCCUGUUCCUGCGUAAAGGCAAACCGUGCACGGUGGGCUUUUGUGACGGAGCGGGGAAGUGCAUGAAGCAGGUGCAGGACGUAAUCGAGCGUCUCUGGGACUUCAUCGAUAAACUCGACAUCAACACGUUUGGGAAGUUUCUGGCUGACAACAUCGUGGGUUCAGUGGUGGCGUUCUCUCUGCUCUUCUGGAUCCCCUUCAGCAUCCUGGUCCACUGUGUGGACCAGAAGCUGGAUCAUCAAUACGACCAGAACACCAAGUCUCUGUUGUUCCCCAGCAAUGCCGAGCUCCUGAGCAGCCUGGAGUCUGCGUCUGUUCGGAUCUUCAAACCUCCAACCUUCCCAAGCUCCGCCUCCUCCGCCGGGCUUCGUUUCCAGCCAUGUGACCCCCAGCAGACCAGCACCCCUCCAGGCUCCGCCCCCUUCCCAGGCCACCCCCCUCUGGACCCCCGCAUGGCCACCAUCCAGGAGGACCCCAGCUUGGACUCUCACCUGGACCAGGAGGCUCUGGAGGAGGCGUUUGGGAGGCCGGCGAGGGCGCCACAGCGCUCCUUUGAGGAUCUGACGGAGAAAGGCGUGGCGAGCUGCAGCGAGAAGGCGUUGAUGUUCAGACUGAAGAGACAACAUCAGAUCGACAGCAAGGAGACGCAGUGCUGAGACACCUGAGUGAACGUGCAGGCAGCCACCAGGCGGGGGCGCCGUUAGGUGUUUCAUGUUCCUCCACUAAGGCGCCGUGUUUCUAUAAAACUCAAGGGUGGCGCCACGUUUAACGCCAAACGAGAGAAACAAAAGAACAAGAGAUCAAGACUCCGCCUCCUCGAGUCGCCAACAGGAAGCCAGAACAAACCGCCAGUCUUUGUCUGACCACGCAGAGGGGCGUUAUACGUCUCUUUGUUUUAAUGAUUAAAAAUGGCCGCCAUGCUGCUCUGGUGACGUGCGUUAGAAAAGUUCAGUCAUUUUUAGUUCCAGGUUAAAACACUUCAGGGGGACGCAAUCACUGCCGCUCCACAGGAAGUCAGGAGGAAACAGGAAGUCAGGGCUCUGCAGGAACCUCAGAAACUGUGGGUGCGUUAGGAAAGUUAAUGAUAAGAGCCGUUAAGGAAAGGUGGGUCAAUGCUUCCUUUAUAACCUCCUUUAGGAUACACUGGACCAUCCUUUAGGAAAGGAGAUGAGAUAUGACCUCCCACAAUUCCUUGCGGCCGCAACAUUUAAAGCGACUCGCUCAUCUGACCGUUCAGGAACAUUAACACAGAUGAUGUUUCAUUCAGUUCAGAAUGUUUGGUGCAUUUCUUCAGUUGUACAUUCUUAUCUUUCAUAAAUGUAAUAAUUAAUUUCAUCUUUAUGUUGAUGUUGAUUUCUGAUUGGACAGGAAGCUGAUGGUUUCACUUUUCUUACUUGUAGCCUGGUCGUCUAUAUUUCUUUUAUUUCAGGAUUAUUUCACCGGUAAGAAGCACAGGGGAAAGUUUUGUAGAUGAUCUUUUUGUAGUCCAUUUUCUGAACAUUGUAGUUUCAACACAGCAGACCCACGUCAUUAACCUCCGCCGGCCCGUCACAUUUAAUGACGUGGCCUAGUGGAAAUGUG